AUGAUAGUAAGGAUACGAAGUAUUGGGCAUGGGAUUUUCCUUACGCUUUCAGUAUUCGCAACAAAAAUUGUCGCAUUAAAUGCAGAAGAAUCAAAUCAUUGUGAUGCCAACAGUCAUCACCAUGGACCAUCCUCUUGUGCUGCAGGCGAGAGCUACAAUAACUGUCCGCUCUGGUUGGCACCUUCGUAUACAGGUACUGAUCGAGAACCCAAGUAUGGUUUAUUUGCUGGAAAGGCCUAUGGCGUAAAUGAAACAUUACCGGUUCAUGCCGAGCUUGCCAUUCCGCUUGUGGACUUCAAUUUUCAACCAACGGAGCAAUUUCAAAGGAACCCGGCCGUUUCCUUGCCGAAUCAUCACGCCCAGCUAAUUGACUUUCUGGAAGGUUUCUUUUGGACUGCCAACUUUGUAGGCGCCCAAUGUGAGGGAGAAUAUUCCGCUCCGGCGGCCAUUCCAGGAAUUGGAGUCUUGUCGCAUUACCAUUCUGGGAUCUCCAAUGUGAAUUUCCAUCAAGCUUCGGUCCUCUUGCGGAAAUCACCCUCGUUUCUGAAGGCUGGAGAGCCGCACUUGUCCCGGGGGGCAAUCACGACCUAUCAUAACGUCACCUUGCAAGCUACUCGGGAGAUCCCUCUAGGCAUGGAAUUUUUUGCUGAUUUUGGUGAUGUCUGGGAUGAAACUUCUGGUGACAAUGACGAUGCCUAUCAAGACACCAUUCGACGAUCGGAUUACGAAAAGGCCGAUACGAUUAUUUCAGAUCUAGUGACCUUCUUUCAAGAAUUUCCAGACUUAUCACGAGACCUCCAAGAGGAAAUAGUCGAUUUCAUGGUUGAUGACGUUUUGGGAGAAGCGGCAGGGAAGCAUGCCAAGACGAUUCGAUCCUUGAUUCCAUCCAGUCCCCGAAAAGUUGCACAAGCCCAGGCCGCCGGUGGGUCCUUCUUGUAUCGGUAUCGAGAGAUGAUCCGGUCUAGCGAUUGGUUGCAGCAGAACGGUUUUUGCCUAGAUACACUCAGAGCAGGUCCUUCGAGAAUCCCAAGUGCUGGUUGGGGUGCCUUUGCUACACGAAGAAUACAAAAGGGGGAGACGAUCACCGUUAGUCCUAUGCUCCAUAUUGCAGACAAAGAAAUCUUGAACAUGUAUCCAGUUGGCGAAACCUCUUCUUCCACACAAUCGAUCGGCAAACAAAUGAUCCUAAACUACUGUUUCGGUCAUCCGGAGAGUUCGUUACUCCUCUUCCCACUAGGAAGUCUUGCUACAUUGAUCAACCAUCAGAGUGGUAAAUCUUCCAAUGCCUACGUCACUUGGUCUCGCAGGGUUGACAAGCUACCCAAUCAGCAUCAAUACCAUGAUUACACCGUUGAACAAAUGGCAGAGGUCAGUAAAAUUGUGCUUACCAUGAAGGUAGUUGCCACUAGCGACAUCGCAGAAGGUGAUGAAAUCUUCUUGGAUUAUGGACCGCAAUGGGUAGCUGCAUGGAAUGACUAUCAAGCUCGGUGGCAGCGUGACAAACAAGGGAAUUCUCAUCCACUCCGGGCGCAAGAUCUCCGCGAUCAAUAUCGUACCAAACCGUUCGCAGCGGCCAGGACCAAAAGACCUCCCUAUCCGGUUGGGGUUGCGACAGCUUGCUUUUUGAACGUGAGAGAGGUACCGGACGGAAAGCCAAUGUUCGACGAGGCUCUCAGAGUGGAAAUUGUGGAAUGGAGCAGUCCGACAACGCAGCAAGACUACCAUGGGCGCAACUUGUUCAUUGUUGAUGUACUUGACCGAGCAAUGGCCCCUGAGCAUUUCUUCAAUUACACUGUCUUGGCAAAGUUUGCUGAGGAUCGCAUCGAGGAAAUCGUCAAUGUGCCACAUGAGGCUUGUACCUUUGUAGAUCUUCCAUAUCAAGGUGAUAUAAGUCUCCCUGGAGCCUUUCGGCAUCCCAUUGGCAUCAUCGAUGGUCAUUUCCCACAAAAGUGGAGAAACUUGAAAGGUACAAAAUCAAAGCAAUAG